AUGAGUUUGAGCGGUCUUCUUGUUGUUGUUGUUUCCGCCAUGCGUCUUUGCUGUACAUUUUUGUGCGUCUCUCCACACACUCUGCUCCCUCUUUUCUACUUCUUUGCUUUGUGUUUCUGCAGGCACACACAACCAUACACACACAAGAUGCACAUUGCAGUGGAUUUGAAUGCUCCUUUUGCAGUGCAUGCUGGCAGUUGUGUGUGGCGGCUGUUGUCUCCUUCCGUGGCUAUGAGGCGAAGGGAGGAGAGGGAGCGCGUACCCCGAGUCUCUUUUCCUGCGAGUGGUGCACCGUGUGUGGCUGCGUUGAGUUGGGCUCCGUGUCCCAUUGAGGGCGGGAUGGCAGGAAAUUUUUUUGCCGCGUCAUGGAUGGAUGAGGGUUUGCUUGCGCUUGUGCGUUGUGUGGUGGCCGCGGGUUUUUGCCAUUUCCCUGGGGCUGUAGCGAUGAGCUGGGGGAGAUGGUGGUGGAUGUCUUCUCCUCCUGCAUGGUGGGUGGCUGCUGGCGUUGUGUGCCUUCCUUGCGUGGAUGCCGUCUCGUGGUGUGUGAACUGUGCGGCUGGGCCUGCUGCCCUCUCCUCAUGUUGUCUGCUCUCUCUCUCUCGCUGUAUCCGCUGUGCUCCGUCCCUCUCCCUCCUGUUGCAUUCCUUUUCCUUCUGGCUCACGGAUCGGCUCACUGACUCAGCGACUCCACUACGUGUGAUGAUGACUGCGAUGGUGACGAUGGUGACGGUGCGGCUCCGUGUGGUGUGCGCCGUGCAGUUCCUUGCGCUCUCGUGCUGCUGCUGGGAGUUCUGGACAUGUAUCUGGUGCUGCGGAUGCUGUGGUUGUGCCGGUGGAUGUGUCGUGUGCUCCGAGUGA